AUGAAAAAAUGGCGAAAACCAUUCCUCUUGCUUUUGCUAAUUUGCUUCGUUUUUCUCAUCGUCGACAAUGACAAUUAUUGGACAAGUGAACAAGUGCUGACUGAAGAAACGACUGCUUAUAGACACCAAAAGAUCAUCCUCGCGUGGAACGCGUUUUUCGGUGCCGAUCCUUUCUUUCUUCGUCGUGAUCAAUGUUCUUUAAAUGGUACGUGUUUCUUGACGACAGAUCGACGUUUCAUUCGUUUAGCCGAUGUGGUGGCUUUUCAUUCACGAGAUAUGAACGAUUUACCGCAUCCAAUGUAUAGAAAGCAGCAUCAAAUCUAUCUCUUUUGGACGAUGGAAGCUCGUGAGAAUGUUGGAUAUUUCAAAUUUUCUCGUGAUUAUUUCAAUCGCACAAUGUCCUUCUCAACUCAUUCCGAUAUCCGAUUAACAUAUGGUGGAAUCGAAUUUGUGAAAAAACCAGCAUUUGAUGGAACGUCUUCUCGAACUCUUCAGCCAACAAAAAACUACCCACUUCCAUCAUUCGAUUCGUUUGUAAACAAAACAAAAUCGAUUUUCGGUCUUGUUUCGAAUUGUCCUUACUUGGGAGAUGACAGGAGAUGGGAAAUCAUUGAAAAGAUUCAAAAAGAAUACCCGGUUGAUAUGUUCGGUAGCUGUGGUCGGAAAAGACAAUUCAAGAACUUUUGUGCAAAAGGCCGACCAGAUUGUGACGAAGUGGUGAAGAAAGAGAUUGAGAAACGACUCUUUCACUUCGUUUUCGAGAACAGCGAUUGCUUUGGGUAUGUGACCGAGAAAACGUACAGGAGAAUUGGAUAUGAUUCGAUUCCGAUCGGACUUCGGAGAGCUGUUUAUGAAGAAGUAGAUCUGCCCACCAGUGCUUUCAUUUUCGUUGACGAUUUCUCGAAACCCAAAGAUUUUGUGGCUCAUUUAAGAUAUCUCGAAUCAAACGAAACCGCUUACAAAGAAUAUUUUCGAUGGAGAGACGAAUAUAUAGCGGUGGAAAAAGCUGAGAAUUGGUGUGAGCUGUGUGAGAGAAUUUCCUCACCCGAUCCAAAGAUUAACUUCAAAGAGAGAAAGAUGAUUUCCAAGAUCUAUGACGAGUACGCGUGGUGCUUUCAGCGGCCGGUCUGGGAUUUUCCCUAUUUU